AUAAAAAAUAAAAAAUAAAUUCUAUAUGUUGUAAACUAUGAAGUUAUUUUUUAUAUUGACAUAAAAAUAUAAGCAACGUUUCUAAUAUCUUUCCUAGAUUUAUUCUAGUAUGGAAUUUCUAUCUAGGAGAAGAAAUAGAAAUCGAAGGAAGAAACGUAAUUUGAAAAGACGUCAACGCGAAUGUAUGAAAUUUGGGGUUAAGUCAGUUAAAAGUCAAAGAUUAUUAAAAGAAUGUGUCAAUGUUAAUUUUAGUAAAGAAGAAGUAAUAAUAGGAAAUACGAUGCAAGCUGAUGCGUUUUGGAAAAAUUAUGUGGCUGCUCAAGACUGGCAAAAAAAGCACAGUGUAACAUGGUGGAGAUCUCGUUGUUUGGCAUUGGAAAAUGAAAACGAAAUAUUACGAAAUAAAAUUAGAUCUUUAAUUGGAUCGAAUAAUAAACAAAGUAAUAACAAGCAGACUGUUUCUAAACAACAACAACAACAACAGAAUACUUAUAAACAAAAUCCAAAUUUUCGUGAAGAUUACAAUGAAAAUGGAUAUCAAAACGAAGAAGAUUUAGAAUUUCAUGUCGAUGAGGAUAUGAAGACCUUCUUGGAACAAAGUUUACGACAUCAAAUGGAAUUGAAACAAAAGCGUGACCAAGAGUUAACUGAUAUCAACCUAGAGAAUUUAGCUUUUAUAGAAAGUGGAUUAUUUUGUAAACAAGCUCGAAAUGAAAAUGCAAAAUUAUUAUAUGGAGAUGCUGGUCCUACAAUAAUGGCUAUGGAAACUGCAUUAAUGGCCACAAUAGAAAGACACAAAGAUAAAUCAAAACCUCAGUAUUGGCCAAAUAUUCCUUUAAGACCAUAAAAUCUAUAAUUUACCUUUUUUAAUUAAAUAUUCAAAUAUUUAUUUCAUCAUCAGUAGAUGUUAUAUUUUAAUUAGACCAUUAUUUUACUAAUAAACUAAUUGCUACUCCAAAAACUGAAUCCUUUUAUCACAGAAUAUACAAUUAUAUAGAACAUAUAUAAAUUAAAUAAAAUUAUGUACAAUAUUUAAUAUAUAUAAAUUUCAGUUUUUAGUUGUCUAUAUUCUUUGAUAGUAUUGUACUCCUCCGUAUAAAGUACCUGCUAUCGCCAUCUGGUGGUUCCAGUGCUAACUAAAAGUGGACUUUUGAUGUUUAGGUGUCAAUGUUAUCAUUAAUUGUAAUUUUAUAAGUUUAAUUAGAUUCCUGUCUAACAAAUUUGAUAAUAAUAAAUUUUUGUUAUUAAAAA